AUGAGCACCGCGGAGCCUUCACACUGGGAGGGCGGAGUGCCGGUUUUCCGGCCGAAAUACGAUGAGUUCAAGGACUUUUACGGGUACAUGAAGCAGGUCAAUAGUUUUGGGAGAAAAAGUGGAAUAGUAAAGGUGGUUCCGCCGAAGGAGUGGCUUGAAAAGCUCGAGGUACCUCCAGGGGUCGAGACCCUGCAGAAAAUCCGGAUUCGGUCGCCUAUUCAGCAACACUUUAACGGGUCGAAGGGUGUAUUUGUGGUGCAAAACGUUGAAAAGCCUAAGACCUACAACAUCAUUCAGUGGAAAGACCUGUCAUACGACUACCGUCUGCCCGAGGGUGGAGGGGACAACAGUGUUGCCGGGCGGGUGCCAGACGACACUGAGACAACCGCAGGCGAUAAAUCACCGUCACCUUUGAAGUCUUCUAAGGUCAAGCUGAAAAACCCGGACAGCUUCCCGCGAGAGGACUUCGAAGAGUUUGCGUCUCAGUACAACCAUGACAACCUUGCGGAGUUCCAGGACGCUGGUAGGCGCGAGUUUCUGGAAAACUAUUUCUGGAAAACGCUUGCCUUCACGCCGCCAAUGUACGGCGCAGAUACGCUAGGGUCACUUUUCAAAGACGACUUGAAGGUUUGGAACGUCUCGAAGCUCCCAAAUCUCCUGGACCAUAUGGAAACCAAAGUUCCGGGGGUCAACGAUUCUUAUCUCUACGCUGGUUUAUGGAAGGCCUCAUUUGCGUGGCACUUGGAAGACCAAGACUUGUAUUCUAUUAACUAUAUUCAUUUCGGCGCUCCCAAGCAAUGGUACUCUGUACCGCAAGAAGAUUCAGAUAGGUUCUACGCAUUCAUGAAAGAACAAUUUCCAGAGCAUGCCGCCAAGUGCGACGAGUUCCUGAGGCACAAAACCUUCCUGGUCUCCCCCAAACUGCUAGAGAAGAAUGGUAUUCGCUGCAACAAAAUCACACAUUACCAGCAUGAGUUUAUCAUAACCUAUCCUUACGGCUAUCAUGCAGGCUUCAACUACGGCUACAACCUUGCAGAAUCCGUCAAUUUUGCGCUCGAAGACUGGCUUGAAAUUGGCGCAACGGCCAAAAAAUGUUUGUGCGUCGACGAUGCGGUAGGAAUUGAUACUGAAAAGCUGAAAAGCAACUGGCUUUCGAGCAAACAGAACAAGGGCAAAUCUUCUUCCAAGCAUGAACACCAAGACACACAGAACCAAAGGGACGAACCAGCAAAGAAGCUGAAAACAGAGCAAAAUGAGAUGCGUCCUUUACCUGGACAACUGGGUAGCAGUGACGGAGAACAAAAAAUUCAAAAGUCCGAAAAGUCAAACAUUGAAGUUGUUUGCCCCACCCCUGGACGAUCUUUACCUUUCAAUAGGUUAACAAGUCGCGAGAACCCCAGGGUUAAAGGCUUCAACGAACUCCUUCAUCAUAGUUCUUAUGAGUUACAAGCAAUGGAAGAUAAUCCCCAGCAGAGCGCCAUUCGCUCUACGACUCCAAAUCCUGGGCAGUACUAUAGUGGCCUUAGCCAAUCUAUAAGUCGGAUUUCGUCUCCCCUGCUUUCUCGUAUGAUGGACCUUUCUAAUAUAGUAGAACCAACUUUAGAGGACCCUACGCUGAAAUUUAAAAAAAACCCAGCGCCCCUGGCACAGUCUCAGCAGACACCACAUAACGCACAAGCCUUAGAGGAUAACGACGACAACAUGUUGGCGCUCAGCCUUGCCUCUAUGGCCAGCGGCGCCUCGUCACCCAGAUACCCCUUGCCACCAAUUCAGCCGCGUCCGUUUUCACCGGCGACUGCAGGUGACAGCAUGCUGGCAACAGGUCCGGUGUAUGAGCAAAACCCUUUCACAUACUAUUCAUCAACUUUCAAAAGUACCGUGGGGUCGCCUCAACCAAGCUCACCAGGCUUGUCAAAUUUGCCGUUCAUCAAAAGACUCAAAAGCCCUAAUAGGGUAACGUUGAAUAUAUCAAGGGAGUCUUCGCGGAGUCCUGUUUCACUCAAUUCCGAAUUCAAAUCCCCACUGUCAAAUAAUAUUGCCACAAACGGGACUACCGUGAUAAAUUCAAAUCUGAGCCAAGCCACCACAAUUGAUCGCUCGCCGCCAGUAUCCCCUUCUGCGGCAAAGGAGAUUUUAGUCGAAACUUCUAGGCGCCCAGUGACUCAAUCGAAAAUAAGCUCUGAGGAAAUUAUUGUCUCAGACAAAGGGAAAGUUUACGUAUGCCAGGAAUGCAGAAGACAGUUCUCCUCAGGGCACCAUCUAACGAGGCACAAGAAAUCAGUUCAUUCCGGCGAAAAACCCCAUUCUUGCCCCAAAUGUGGCAAGAAGUUUAAAAGACGGGAUCAUGUUCUCCAACACCUUAACAAAAAAAUACCUUGCACAGCUGAAGAGAGCCAAAGUCCGUCCACUAAACUCGCCAAAGAUGAGCAACUAACAUUAGAAAAUGAGGAAGGACGCUAUGUUAAUAGCCUGAGUGGAACUGCUCCAGGGAAUACUUGA